UUAGCUAAAGUACAUUUAAUUUAUUUGAUCAAUGGAGGACGUGCAAAAACACAGCGUGCACACGCUUAUAUUCCGCUCCCUAAAGCGCACACACGAUCUGUUCGUCUCCAAUCAAGGAAACCUGCCAGAUGUCGACGACCGACUGGACAAGCAGCGGCGGUCAAUCAAGGCCAAAGAUACCUAUGGCUCCUUGCUUGACAGGGUUGCGACAGCCAAUGAGCCCAGAAGGACACCAUCAGGACAUGCCGUGGAAAGACCACUGGCCAUCACAGACGGGAGCACAGACACUGCUAACAGCAUGUUGAAAUUCAAUGCCGAUGCGCGUCGCCCCGACACGGUGUUGUCCAUACCGGGUAGCAAUAGCACAUCCCUCGUACGGGCCUCCAUGCCCAACAAUGGCAAUGGACCCGGAUCCAAUGGCGCCAGCAAUCUGCAGCUCAUACCAAAGAAGGCACCCACCAUACCGAAGCCCAAGUGGCAUGCACCCUGGAAACUCUCGCGCGUUAUUUCAGGACAUUUGGGUUGGGUCCGUUGCAUAGCUGUAGAGCCGGGCAACGAGUGGUUCGCCACCGGUGCCGGGGAUCGUGUCAUCAAAAUCUGGGAUUUGGCCAGCGGUAAGCUGAAACUCUCGCUCACCGGCCACGUGAGCACCGUGCGGGGAUUGGCAGUCAGCACCAAGCAUCCGUAUCUGUUCAGCUGCGGCGAGGAUCGUCAGGUGAAGUGCUGGGAUCUGGAGUACAACAAAGUGAUCCGACAUUACCAUGGCCAUCUGUCUGCAGUCUACUCGCUGGCCCUCCAUCCGACCAUCGAUGUGCUGGCCACCUCUGGGCGCGAUUCCACGGCUCGCAUCUGGGACAUGAGGACCAAGGCCAAUGUGCACACGCUGACCGGGCACACCAAUACGGUGGCUAGUGUGGUGGCCCAGGCCACCAAUCCACAGAUCAUCACUGGAUCCCACGACUCGACCGUGCGCCUGUGGGAUCUAGCUGCCGGCAAGAGCGUCUGCACCCUGACCAACCACAAGAAGUCUGUGCGCAGCGUUGUGCUGCAUCCAUCGUUGUACAUGUUCGCCUCCGCCUCGCCCGACAACAUCAAGCAGUGGCGCUGUCCCGAGGGCAACUUCGUGCAAAACAUCUCCGGCCACACGGCCAUUGUCAACUGUAUGGCGGCCAAUAACGAUGGUGUGCUCGUCUCUGGCGGCGACAACGGCACCAUGUUCUUCUGGGACUGGCGCACCGGCUACAAUUUCCAGCGAUUCCAGGCCCCCGUCCAGCCCGGCUCCAUGGACAGCGAGGCGGGUAUAUUUGCCAUGUGCUUCGACCAUUCGGGCACGCGUCUUAUCACCGCUGAGGCGGACAAGACAAUCAAGGUGUACAAGGAGGAUGACGAGGCCAGCGAGGAGACGCAUCCAGUCAACUGGCGGCCAGAUCUGCUGAAGCGUCGCAAGUUCUAAGCUCUAUCCAGUAGUCUGUAGUCCAACAAAAAUAUAAUCUAUAAUUUAAGCGAGAAAUGACCCGAAAUAGAUUCGAUUAAAUAAUGGUUCGUUCCCAAUGAAUUCUA